AUGAGUAGCGCAAGUCCCAUCUCAGAAGAGCCGAUCAGUCAGUCGCCGCUCUCAAGCCCCUCGCAGGAUGCUGCUGAUGAUGCUUCUGUAGGCGGAUCACCUGCAACCGUGCCAGGGGGCCUGCAAGCUAGUGCCGCCUCGCCCAGCACAACUGCACAAGAUCUCAGCUAUGGCGUAUCGCAGAGCCCGACAGAAGGGGACAUGCCUUUUGCAGAUAUGGAACGUUCCAGCAGUGUCAAACAGCCGUCUCACUGCUCGAGUGGAGCGCCGAGUCAUCGAUUGGGCAGCGAACAGCCGGAAAGGAACAGAGUGCCGUAUGCCCACAACAGAUCGUACUCUGCCAUUUCGACCUCCUCUUCACUCGGAGUGCCUUCCACUUCAGCAUCUGGAAAUUCACUCGAUCGAAGCGAGUCGUCGAGCAGCUUAGUGGGUCAGGAUGAUUCGCGCAGAGCAUCACAGUCUCCUCGCCCACGUAUGGGGCACUCUAGAAGUGGCAGUAGGAAUGCAAGCCACGAGUACAAGGAAACCUUGGAUGCUAAGAGCCAAAUGAUGGCGGACGGGUCGCGCAUCAUCAAUCAGUAUCGACUCAAGGAAGUGAUAGGACAAGGCGCUUAUGGUGUGGUAUACAGGGCAACGCUGCUACACGAUGACAGCGUCGAAUUUGCUGUCAAAGAGUUCGGAAAGACGAGGUUGCGCAAGAACAAUAGGAGCAAUGCAUUCCGACGGAGUCGGGGACGGGGUGCAGGACCUGGUGCUGCGGUCAGGGGCAGAGGCUUUGGUCUUGGAAUGACGCCGCGACGUCAAGGCAUUGAGGAAAGCAACCAGGGAGAGGGAGAGCAGUCGUCUCCAGCCCCGGACGAUCCUCUGGCACUGAUUCGACACGAAGUCGCGAUUCUCAAAAAGCUGAGCCAUGAGCACGUUGUGCAGCUCUAUGAAGUGCUUGAUGACCCCUCCAAAGAUGGCCUCUACAUGGUCUUCGAGAACUGCCCUGACGGACCUGUGAUCAAUGUCAAACUUCACGAAUCGGUGGAGCCGCUGUCGGAAGGGAUGGCCCGGGACUACUUCCAACAGAUAAUACUGGGCAUCGAAUACUUGCAUUGCAAUGAAAUUGUCCAUCGCGAUAUCAAGCCCGAUAACAUUCUGCUCACCGACAACAAGCGGACAUGCAAAAUUGUUGAUUUUGGUGUCUCAGAGAUGUUCUUUCGACCGGGCGAUGACACUUUAAGGAAGAGUGCAGGAAGCCCGGCAUUCAUGAGUCCAGAAUUGUGCACAGCAGGACACGGCGACUUUCAUGGGCGGGCGGAUGACAUCUGGUCGACGGGCGUCACUCUAUACUGCAUGGUCGUUGGCAGGCUCCCUUUCGACAAAAGCCAGUUCUUUGAGCUCUACGAGUCAAUAAAGAACGAUGAACCCGAAUACCCAACUCAUCUCUCCGCAACGCUGGUCGACGUUCUUCAACGGCUUUUCAAAAAGGAUCCGGCAAAACGCAUUACCAUCGCUGAACUUCGUGAAAAUGACUGGGUCACAGACGGUGGUAGAAUGCCGAUGGUUUCGCAAGACGUCAACUUGGAACAGGUUGUAAUCGAAGUCACCAAGGAGGAAAUCGACUGCGCCAUCAAUCGCAUCGCGAGCAUUUUCACCAUCGCACGCGCUGUUCAGCGAUUCAAGAGGGGCUCGUCAAGUCGCCGGAACGCGUCACAAUCGCAGGGUAGCGAAGACUUGUCCAGAGAAGAUGCCAACCCGGCAAUUGAAAUACCUCAAGUCUCUUCGCCGCCGCAGAUGCCUCCUGGUACCGAAGAGAAGCCCAAUGUGGCUGAAAGCAGAGUCUCGGCGAAGGCGAAACAAGCGCAAGGACCCCAAGAGUCAAGCACCCCAUCGGCAUCUUCGGAGCGACGACCGCAAAACGUCAUCAGGCUGAACAGCAUCACUUCCACCGUGUCUGCCGGGACCGGCAAAGACGGAGGUUCAGAAGAUGGCGGCAACCCGUCAUCUGCUGCUACCACCCCCAUGUCACCUGCCGGCGGCUCGACCUCGGGCAGCUUGGGUCAUCGAAGGAACUUCUCCCUCGAAGAUCCAUCAUGCAAGAUACCGGGCUACUUUCCGGACACGUCUUCGAGCGAUGCAGGUGUUGUGGCGGAGAAGCACUUUCAGAAGCAGUCCCAGCCUGCAGGCGACCUCAGACAAGCAGUUGAGGACUUGGACACGCAGGUCAAAGACACGCACAUCGCUUCAGAACCCACACCGCGACCAGCCAAUUCGCAAACAUCGAAAGGGUCCGAGAAUACCGUCUCACCACAAUUGUUCGAUGAGCCCGAAUCAGAGGGCGAUGACGACAAGUCGAGCACCUCUGCAGCGCGGCCGAGCUAUCACUCGAAGAGGGACAGACCACAUCCAAGGUCCAUUCCAACAACUCAGGCUGAGACGCGUCAAUCGGUGGAGCGCCCAAAAAUGCCGAGCAAACUCUUUUCUGGCCCCGUUGCCGAGUCUCCAAUGACGGAAGAUGCUCUCCCUCCACCACCCGGUGCCAGCGAUUUCUUUAAACUUAAUAGUGCCAGACCAGCCGAGGAGCAGGAUCCAUCUGAGGCGUCAUAA